UACAUCUAGGUCUGACCUCCAAGAAAUUCAACUUAUUCUUCUGUGUUCCAGCCGGUACCCUAUGGCCUCAGCCUGGUCUGUAGAGGAGACCUUUGUCUGCUCAGUAUGCCUGGACACCCUAAAGGACCCGGCCACUCUACCCUGUGGACAUUCAUACUGCCUGGCUUGUAUCCAAAGCCACUGGGACAAGAGAAACAGCAAGGGUCAGUACAGCUGCCCCCAGUGUAGGCAGGUCUUCAACCCUCGACCCUCACUGGCUAAGAGCACAGUGCUGGUGGAGGCUAUGGAGAAACUGAGAACCAACAGCCUCAAGCAAAGCUCCUCCACAGUUGUCUCCUCUACCUUGCCAUCAAUGCCUAUCUACCUGGAUGUCCUACCAGAUAUAGGGCCGCGACAGGGCAGCAUGUACCCUCAGCUUCCCACAGUGGAGCCCAGGCCCUGCCCUCAACACCACCGACCCAUGGACCUGUUUUGUCAUGAAGACAAGGAGUGCGUGUGUGAGGUGUGUUGCCAGCAUGGACACAAAGGACAUCGUGUGCUCAAACCACAGGAAGAGAGGAAGGAGAGACAGAAAGAGCUUGUUAAGAUGCAGGUAGACAUGCAGAAGAGAAUCCAGGAAACUGAAAAGAGACUUAUGGAGCUCCCACAUGUUGCCCGCCAACACAAGGCCUUGGUUCAGGCUCUAGAGCAAGAGAGCACAGAUUUGUUCUCAGAGCUUGUCAACAACGUGAAUCUAACAGGCACCCAGGUUGGUGAGGUCAUCAGCACCCAUGAGACCUCCUUAGGCAGCCGGGUUGAAGGGCAGAUCUAUAGACUGGAGCAUGAGCUGGCACCGCUGCGCUGGAGGAGUGAGGAGCUGAGCAGGCUGGCCAGCAUGCAGGACGACAUCUGUUUCUUAAAGAAUUUCCUCAUCAUGGAGCCGCUGGGUCUGACAGGUGCCCCAGGAGAGUCAAUACUGAGUCAAGAGGAAGCGGUGGUAGCCUCCGUCCGCUCAGCCCUGAAAGAACUACAAGUGUCAAUACAGGACGCCUGCAAAGCCACACUGGCCAAGAUCGUCACAUUAGUGAAUCCCGAUCCUGUGGCUUCAACACCCAAUGGUGCAGCAGUAGCUGACACUACAGCAACUAAUAACAGUGGUCAGGCCACCACACAGGACACUGAUGAGGAUUCACCCAAACAUCCUCCAUGUAUUCAAGCUUCAGCCCCCCCUUCACCCUUCCCUCCUCCUCAACCUCAAGCUCCUGUGACAACCAUGGGACUUGUUAAUUCCGAACCAAAGACAAGAGAAGAAUUACUGAAAUUUCGCUUUGAACCCACCAUGGACGCCAGCACGGUUUAUCGCCAUGUGCAGCUGUCAGAUGGAGGUCAUAAGGCCACGAUGCGGGCUGAGAAUCUAAACCUGCCAGACCAUCCUGAGCGCUUCCAGUUCUGGAGACAGGUCCUCUGCAAAGAGCCCCUGUCAGGGAGCCCCUACUACUGGGAGGUGGAAUGGACUGGCAAAAAGAUUACCAUUGGCGUGGCCUACAAGGAGAUGGAGCGUAAGGGUUCUGAUGACAACAGCCGUUUGGGCCACAAUGCUUUGUCUUGGAGCUUGAGCUGGUCUGGGACUGGCUUCUCCUUCUGGCACGAUGGGCAGGAGAAACUGCUGGGCUCGCCUAAGGCCCGGCGCAUUGGCAUCUAUCUGGACCAGCAUGCAGGGAUUCUGGCCUUUUACCACAUCACUAACAACAAGGCUGCUCUCAUCCACCAACACCAGAGCCAAUUCACUCGCCCACUGUACCCAGGGUUCAGGUUCUGGGCAGGAGUAGGAGCUACAGUGACUGUUUGCAAAUUGGAUUGAGUUGUAACUGGGUGAUGGGCAGUUUUCUUUUUUUCUUCAUUUUAGGCCUUUAUUUUUAUAGGACAGCUGAAGUCAUGAAAGGGGAGCGAGAGGGGGAAUGACAUGCAGCAGGUACGCAGGUAUGAGUCAAACCCGUGGUUGCCGCAUUGAUGAGUAAACCUCUAUAUAUGGGCGUGCGCUCUACCAGGUCAGCUACCCAGGCUUUUUUUUGAUAUUUGUCUGGUUGGAAUCAUGUUCAAAAUGUAAUAGGAUGUAAAUGUGCUGCAGAAAUCGAGAGUAGAACUUAGAGAAGAAAUAAACAUGUUCAGGAAUGUCAUCAUAUUAUUCUUUUGGCACCAGCUUUUAUUGAUGUGAUCUUUUUUGAUGAUGUGGUC